CAGGGGGUGGAGCCCGAGGAAGAAGGCGACCGCUACGAGGAAGAGGACGCGGCUCGGGGCAUGGAGCGGGCUGAGGCGUGGGCAGCCGGCAGCUCGCCGGGUGCGCUGGGGCCUGAGGGGCCCGGCGGCCUCCCUUGGUCCCAUGAUCAAGUGGUGCCAGCAGGAAGUUCUUCAUCUAGAGUCAUAGUACACGUGGAUCUGGAUUGCUUUUACGCACAAGUGGAAAUGAUCUCAAAUCCAGAACUAAAGGGCAAACCUUUAGGNGUUCAGCAGAAAUAUUUGGUGGUUACCUGCAACUAUGAAGCUAGGGAACUUGGAGUUAAGAAACUUAUGAAUGUCAGAGAUGCAAAAGAAAAGUGUCCACAGCUAGUAUUAGUUAAUGGAGAAGAUUUGACUCGUUACAGAGAGAUGUCAUAUAAGGUUACAGAGUUGUUGGAAGAAUUUAGUCCAGUUGUUGAGAGACUCGGAUUUGAUGAAAAUUUUGUGGAUCUAACAGAAAUGGUUGAGAAGAGACUAGAGCAGCUUCAAAGUGAUGAACCGUCAGCACUGACUGUGUCGGGUCAUGUAUAUGGUAAUCAGCCUAUAAACCUGCAUGAUAUCUUGCACAUCAGACUACUUAUUGGAUCUCAGAUUGCAGCUGAGAUGCGGGAAGCCAUGUAUAAUCAGUUGGGUCUCACAGGCUGUGCUGGAGUGGCUUCUAAUAAAUUAUUGGCAAAAUUAGUGUCUGGCAUCUUUAAACCAAAUCAGCAAACACUCUUACUACCUGAAAGUUCUCAAGAUCUCAUUCAUAGUUUGAACCACAUAAAGGAAAUGCCUGGUAUUGGCUAUAAAACUACCAAACGUCUGGAAGCACUGGGUAUCAGUAGUGUGCGUGAUCUUCAGACCUUUUCAUCCAAAAUAUUAGAAAGGGAAUUAGGAAUUUCAGUUGCUCAGCGUAUCCAGAAGCUCAGCUUUGGAGAGGAUAACUCUCCUGUGACACCCUCAGGACCUCCUCAGUCCUUUAGUGAGGAAGAUUCAUUUAAAAAAUGUUCAUCAGAAGUUGAAGCUAAAAAUAAGAUUGAAGAACUACUUGCUAGUCUUUUGAACAGAGUCUGCCAAGAUGGAAGGAAGCCACAUACAAUAAGAUUAAUAAUCCGUCGGUAUUCAUCUGAGAAGCACUAUAGCCGUGAGAGUCGUCAGUGCCCAAUUCCAUCCCACAUAAUUCAGAAGUUAGGGAUAGGAAAUUAUGAUGUGAUGACCCCAAUGGUUGAUGUACUUAUGAAACUUUUUCGAAAUAUGGUGAAUGUGAAGAUGCCAUUUCAUCUUACCCUUUUAAGUGUGUGCUUCUGCAACCUUAAAGCCCUAAAUACUGCUAAGAAAGGGACUAUUGAUUAUUAUUUAACACCAUCAUUAUCAACAACUUCACGCUCUGGCAAGCACAGUUUUAAAAUGAAAGACACUCAUAUGGAGGAUUUUUCUAAAGACAAGGAAACAAAUUGGGAUUUUCUACCAACUGGAAGAAUUGAAAGUACAAGAACUGGGGAGUCUCCACCAGAUACUACAAGUUUUUCUAAAGAAAAAGACAGUAACGAAUUUCCACUCUCCUCACUUCCUGAGGGUAUUGACCAAGAGGUCUUUAAGCAGCUUCCAGUAGAUAUUCAAGAAGAAAUCAUUUCUGGAAAAUCUAGAGAAAAAGUUCAAGGGAAAGGAAGUUUGAGUUGUCCAUUACAUGCUUCUAGAGGAGUAUUAUCUUUCUUUUCUACAAAACAAAUGCAAGAUGGUUCCUUAAAUCCUAGGGAUCAUUUAUCCAAUACCAAACAGAUAUCCUCUGUAUCUCCCUGUGAACCAGGAACAUCAGGCUUAAAUAGCAGUAGUUCCUCUUAUGUGUCUAGCCAAAAGGAUUAUUCACAUUAUAUAGACAGUAACUUAAAAGAUGAACUAAUGAGUCAAGGACCUAAAGAGUCUCAAGGAUUCCACUUUUCAAAAACAGACCCUGCUGUAUCUGUUUUCCAUUCAUUUCCAAAUGUGCAGAGUGAGCAACUUUUCUCCAAAAACUGCACUACAGACAGCCAUAAACAACCGAUGGCAACAGUCUUUAUUCAUGAAGGACUUACAGAAAAUAGAGAGCAAGAUUCUACCAAAGAGAAAAUCACUUUUCCUUCUGACAUUGAUCCUGAAGUUUUCUAUGAACUACCAGAAGAGGUACAAAAAGAACUGUUGGCUGAUUGGAAGAGAACAGGAUCAGAUUUCCACACUGUACAUAAAUAA